AUGGAGGAAAAGGGCCUUAUCUACGACGUGAAGCUGUCGUCUGUCGGGCCGGGCAAUGUCACGGGCCCAGACUCGAUCUUUGAGCCCGGGAGCAUGGGCCUGGCCAUGAAGCUCCACUACUUGAGGGGCGUGUACUAUUUGGAGAGACCCGCGUUCGAGGGGCUGAGCACGCUGGAGAUCAAGGAGCCAAUGUUCACGUGGCUCAAUCAGUACCCGCCCACGUGCGGCCGGUUCAGGAGGGCCGAAUCGGGCCGGCCCUAUGUCAAGUGCAACGAUUGUGGGUUAACUAAAUUCAAAUGUGGAGCAGCAGCCGUGGGCCUGAGCUGGGCACACGUCCUAGGAGAUGCGUUCUCGGCUGCAGAAUACAUGAACUCCUUGGGCCGCGUUGCCACCGGGUGUGGCCCAUACCGGCCCAUUAACCUCAGCCACACUACACCAAAGCCCGUAAACUCCAAUGGGCGGCCCAAAGUAGUGGCGGAACCUCUUUCCAUCAAACGGGUUGACCCAGUUGGAGAUAAUUGGACACACUCAUCUAGCAUCAAGAUGGAAACAUUCUCUUUCAAUCUCACACACAUGCAAUUGAGCCAAAUUCAAACAAAAUUGGGAGGCGAAUUCUCGUCUUUCGAGGCAAUUUCCGCAAUCAUGUGGAAAUGCAUUGCCAAGACUCGAGUCGAGGAUUCUGAACCAAAAAUCGUGACUAUAUGCAAAAGGGAAGAAAACAAUAAGAUGUCACAUUUGAGAAAUGGUCAAGUUGUGAGUGUGGUGAGUGUCGAUUCCUCAACAGCGCUGGCCGACCCUAGCAAGCUAGCAUCAUUAGUGAAAAACGAGGCAUUUGACGAGACUUAUAUGAUUGAAGAAGCUAUGGAGAGAGAAGAAGGAUUGGCGGAUUUUAUCGUGUAUGGGGCCAAUUUGACCUUUGUGAACCUUGAAGAAGCCGGGUUUUACGAUUUUGAGUAUAGGGGAGAAAAGGCAGUUAGGGUUAGCUAUAAAAUGGAUGGUGUUGGUGAUAAAGGGUUGGUUAUGGUGCUUCCGGGGCCGAAAGGUGAAGGAAGGUCCAUUGUGGUUGUUGUGCCGGAGAAUGAGAUCAAUGGGCUCAAAUUGGAGUUGGAAAAGGAGGGAUUUGGGGCAUGAUUUUAUUACAUGCAUGUUAUGUUUUCAUGAAUAAAAGUGGACAAGCUAAAUAAAAAAAAUGUACUUUGUUUGAUGGGUAUAAUUAGUAUGUGUCCAACUCUACAAAUUUUUCG